AUGUCGUUUCCACAGCGGGGUUAUGACACGAUCUUUCAUUACAACAUGCGUAGCUCUAUGGGGUCGUCUUUAUACAAGAGUCUGCGAGGCGUAGACCAGGAGGAGCACCGCAAGUUGGCAAAGAACAACGAGUUCCUGCGGACCGAUGCAAUGAUCUACAUGGCUUUCCAUCUGGUUGCGUGUUGUGUUGCGAUCUUGACUUCUCUGCCCAGCUUUUGGUACGUUUAUUUCCACGCGAUCAUCACCCUCGCUGUGACCGCGAUAGUGAUCUAUAACGGCGCUAAGCGGUAUACCUACUACAUCACAAAAUUGUACAGCAGGAUGAUGGAGGAGGCCCUCAACGAGGUCGCCCUUGAAGCAGACCCCUAG